AUGCAGCACGCGUCCAACACUGGCAGCACCGGCUACGGCCAUCAUCAGUACAACACCGCUGGACAAGAUCAGUCGCAUCAACAGUACUUCAAUCCAGCCAUGGUAAGCGUCUUGACGCGUGACUGACGCGUCUCUCGUGAGUAUGCGUGCUCACCCUCCCCUCACCACGUCUCGUCGCUUCAUGUUCAGAUGACUGGCAUGGACCAACACUCGCGAAACAUGAGCAUGGACAGCGCUGGUAGUGGAUCGCACUACAUGCACCUGCCCCCAAUCAGCGGAGGCUACGGUGCUCACGGCGGUAACGCUUCUGGCACAGCCGCAGACAGCUCCCACAACACCACAACUACUAGCCACUCAUACGAUGGUCAACACAGGUCUCCUCGCUUGGCAGGCCAGGCUUACGGUGGAGCUGGCGGCGCAAAUUACCCACAAGGAGCUGGCUAUCCUCAAGGGUACGGACAGGCUGGCUACCAAGCGGCUGGAUACGGCUACGCCGGACCGCACCAACACCAAAUGCAAUACGGCGCUCCACAAGGCUAUGCCGGCUACCCUUACGCGCACUACCCCCAGCAAGGAGUGCACCCGCACCAUGCUGGAACCGUCUCAGGUCAGCAUGGUCUGAACACUGCCGCAUUGACAGGUCAAGGACAAGCCGGUGUCACCCCUGCCGCUGCUGGCGCUGCUGCUGCUGCAGGUGGUAAAGCUGAUGGCGCUGCUGCGACCGGCAAAAAGCCCAGAGGCAAGAAGGCCCAAGCAGCUGCCGCUGCCGCCGCCGCUGCCGCAGCUGCUGCUGCACCUCCCCCGCCAGUCGCCCCAGCCAGUGGCAAAGCUUCUGGAAAGAAGUCCACAAAGGCCGCCAAGCAGGCCGCUCAGCCAUAUCAGGCUCCCCCGGCUCCCGCUCCUGCGCCCAAAGAGGCCAAGAAGCCCAAGGAGAAGAAGAAGGAAGAGAAGAAACGUGAGUGUCGCGUCUGUCCUACGAUCGCCUUUCUGCAUAGCUGACUUGAAGUUCUUGUCUCACCGACAGCUCCCAAGCCUCUGAGGUCGAAGCUGAAGCCGCCCAAACAAGCGCCCUCGGCUUGGCAGGUGUACUUUACCGAGGAGCUGCAACGCAUGAAGGCAGACAAUCCCGGACAGCGCCUCAAUGUCGCGCACGUCGCCAAGGAUGCGGGUCAGCGAUACGCUGCGCUACCAGACUCGAAGAAGAAGGAGUUCCAAGACAAGUCGCACGAGCUCAAAGUGGAGUGGGAGCGUGACAUGGAGGUUUGGAAACAGACUCUUACGCCCGAGGAUAUCAAGCAAGAGAAUGCGUACCGAACAGCGCAGAGGAAAGCGGGCAAGAGCCGCAAAGGAAAUCUGAAGGAUCCGCACGCGCCCAAGAAGCCGCUCAGCGCGUACUUCUUGUUCCUUCGCGCCAUCCGUGCCGACCCGCGUCUCAUGCAGUCCGUCUUUGAGGGCGAGACUGAGACCACCAAGCAGAGCGUCCUGGCUGCAUCCAAGUGGCGCAGCCUGUCCGACACGGAGAAGCAGCCGUACCUGGACAAGGCGGAGGCGGACAAGGCCAAUUACGAGCGCGCUCGUAGGGAGUAUGACGAGGCGAAUGGCAUUGCACCAUCUGCGCCCAAGAAAGCUCGAUCGGGCAAGAAGGAAGAAGCUUCAUCUGCAGAGGCCGACGAACAAUUGACGGGCAUGAACGAUGCAUCCCCUUUCAACCAGAUCGAAGGCUUUGCCGACAGCUUCCCCAACGUCGAGGAGCCGUUCAAGGUCGGCGCAUAA